AUGACUCCUGGAGACGCCGCUACAGCCCUGUCAGCCCCGGAAGGCUCAGUGGAUCCGGUGACCUUCUUCGACUACCUGUUCAGGAUGACCCCGGAGCAGCGUGAUUCUCUGUGCAAUCGGAUCGACGGUCAGGAGUCGGUCGACUAUGCCAGGACCAGAGUUGUGAACCUCCUUCGAGAGCAUGCGACCGUCACUCGACGGGGUGCUGAGCUGUCUUACAACCUGUCUUGCAUUUCGAUCUCAUCCGGCGAGGAUCCCAACGUGUACUUGUGGUUUCACAUGUCAGACAUGGGAGAGUGGAUGACCAGGGACUUUGUCGAGCACAAUCACAAGUGGCUUUACACUUUCUUCCCACUUGGAUGUUUCGUGCGGCUAAGUCAACCAGGCGCGGGAAUCACGAUGAGCCAGCACCUACGGAAGAUGACUACACAAGGACUCAGAACGCGGUGGACAGACUUUACACGAAGUGGAGGGCCGGAGGCCAAUACCAAAUACCAUACUAUCUACCAAGAGAAUCGUCUGGCGGGAGAGCAUGGUAUUGGUAAAAUACCAAUACCAAGCUGGUAUAUCAUGGUAUACCAGGCCCGAGUGGAAAUCUCUAGACUACUCUCCAUCGUCCAAUAG